AUGAAGACGACUAGUAAUGCAAGUGGAGAAGACCUUAAACCUAUCAGGCUUUUAGAUGUUGUACUCUCAUGGCCCCUCGAGGAUGUUAUUAACGAAAAUCUUUACAAAGACAAGGUUCAUAAAAUUCCAGAGACGUUUAAGUCACCAACAGAUUACAAGAACUCUUUCAUUCCUCUAUUGCUUGAGGAAACACGUGCCGAUUUAUCUUCAAGCUUUACUGCUGUGUCAAGAGCUCCUUUCUGUGAAAUCAAGAAAGUUGUGAGCAGCAAGCAAUCAAGACUUCCCAAAGCUCAAAAGCAAUUCAAACAGUUCCAUCAUAAAUUACAGUUGAAGAGUACAAUUCACAGUGGGGGAGAUGGUGGGAAUUAUGAACCUGGAAGUGGAGAUCUCAUUGCUUUCACAAAUAUUAGACCCAAGAGUUUAGAUGACUUGAACACACUCAAAAGUCCCUACCAUAUUGCCUAUGUUAGGGCAAAAAAUCAAUUUUCGCAUACGGUCUCAGUUCUUUCAUCCAAAUGCAUGAAGAUGGAUAUUGAAAAUGAAUUUUGGAAUAACAAUGAACAGAAACUAUAUGUAGUUUACCUUAUUAACUUGACGACAAAUAUUCGCAUUUCAAACGCACUGAAUUCACGCCCAGAGGGUGAACACCUCAACAUUAUUAAAACUGUGUUGGGAUCGCAUUUGAUUAGUGGAGAAAACUGUCAAAAUUGCCUCUCGGAAGAAAAUAGUCAAGCUUCAUUCAUCAAAGAAGACAUGAUAAUUUGUUCUCAGAAACUGAAUGAAUGCCAACAAGAUGCUGUUUUGAGCAGUAUUGAUAUGAUGAAUUGUAACCACGCUGAUAUCAAACUUAUAUGGGGACCUCCAGGGACAGGAAAAACAAAGACGGUUGCAUGCUUGCUAUUUUCUCUACUCAAGUUAAAAUCAAGAACAUUGACUUGUGCGCCAACUAAUACCGCAGUGUUGCAAGUUGCAAUUCGUUUGCAUGGGUUAGUUAUGGAUUCACUUGAGCAUGAUAGAUAUGGUUUGGGUGACAUUCUGCUAUUUGGAAAUAGUAAGAGGAUGAAAUUAAGUUCUCAUCCAGGCCUUGAAGAUAUCUUUCUUGAUAACCGGGUUGAGAAUCUCAUGGAGUGCUUUGAUCCAAUUACUGGAUGGAAGACUAACUUGCGAUCCAUGAUUCGGUUGCUCAAUUCCAUGGAGGAAUUCGCUAAGAAAAAACGCAAGGCUGUAUUCGGAUACAGGUGGAGAUUUGGUGAACAAACAAAGAAGCUCAAGUUCUUGAUGCAAAGCUUAUACACACACAUGCCAAAAUCUUGUAUUUCACUUGAAACGGUGAAAAAAAUGCUUCAAGCUCUUGAUUUGCUAAGGUCUAUUGGAAUUUCCAUGUGGCAAGUCAAAUUCAAGAGUAAUAAAGAUGGAAGCAUUCCUGCUUACUUUCAAACAUUAUAUGUCAGAAGAGAUGAGUGCCUUAGCAUACUAAGUUCACUUUCUCACACAGUUUCCAUUCCUGAAUUUGACCAGAGAGGUAACAUGAGAGUUGAGGUAGGAGAUUUUUGCUUGUCGAAUGCUUGCCUAAUUUUGUGCACUGCAUCAAGUUCCGUUAAAAUGUACUACUCAGCAAUGGUGAAACCAGUGGAAUUUUUAGUAAUCGAUGAAGCCGCACAGCUAAAAGAAUGUGAAUCAACAAUUCCAUUACAGCUGACAGGUCUCCGCCAUUGCAUCCUUAUAGGAGACGAGAGACAACUUCCUGCAUUGGUAAAAAGCAAGAUUGCAGAUAAGUGUGAAUUUGGACGAAGUAUGUUCGAGAGACUGGUAAUUUUAGGAUACAAGAGGCAUAUGCUUAAUGUUCAAUACAGAAUGCAUCCUUCCAUCAGCUUGUUCCCAUGCAAAGAGUUCUAUGAUGAAAAGCUUUUUGAUGCUCCUGUUGUCAGGGAAGAAAGCUAUAAGAAGCUUUUCCUUCGAGGAGAAAUGUUUUCUUCUUAUUCUUUUAUUAACAUAGCUAAGGGAAAAGAAAAACUUGGACAGGGACAAAGUCUAAAGAACAUGGUUGAGGUUGCUGUUAUUUCAGAGAUAAUUAAAAGCCUUAAUAAAGUGUUCAUGAGGACAAAGAAGAAAGUUAGCAUAGGAAUAAUAUCUCCGUAUAAUGCUCAAGUUUAUGAAAUCCAGGAGAAAGUUAAGCAGUACACUCUGGCUUCUAAUUCUGGCUUCUCUGUUAAUGUCCGUUCUGUGGAUGGUUUCCAAGGCGGUGAAGAAGAUAUUAUAAUAAUUUCUACUGUGAGAUCUAAUGGGAGUGGUAAUGUCGGUUUUCUUUCAAAUCGACAAAGAGCGAAUGUGGCUAUAACCAGGGCUAGAUAUUGUCUUUGGAUAUUAGGAAAUGCAUCUACUUUAAUCAAUAGCGAUUCUGUUUGGAGAAAUGUGGUUCUUGAUGCUAAGAGAAGAGGUUGCUUCCAUAAUGUUCAAGACGACAAGAAAUUGGGCCAGGCUAUUGAUUAUGUUUUGUUUGAGCACAAACUACUUGAAGAACCCGAGUCGCCAUUUAAGAAACUAAGUUUAGGUGGAAACUCAGAAACAAAAACUACUUACUUGACAAGGUAG